GCUGUAAUAACUGGCCUUAUUGACAUUUUAUCCCGACGAUGCAUGAAAAUACGUGAGAGUAUCGAAAAUCACCAGAGUGUCGUAUUAUCCUUGCUGGCCACGCUCGGCUUCAUAACCCGAUUUAUUGAUGUUUGUCCACCAGGACCUACCGAUCCGACACGUUUCCUCAGUGCGGCAAAAUCAACAGAACUCUUUGGCUCCAUUUCCAUGCUGUAUGCCAGUGUGGUACCCAUAGGUGAAUGCAUUCCACCGAGAACAAUUUCGUUAGCGGCAGCAACAUUUAAUUUACUUGUAUCAAUGGCUGUGUUGGAUUUAGCAACGUUCCAGGAGGUAAUGUCCAGUGAAGCGAUCUCUUUGAAGUUCCUCGAUGUGGUUACAAUUCUACUCAAAUAUUGCGGCAAUAAAUGCACGGCAGCUAAGAAUAGUGAAACUCAGGCAGUUAUAAUUGAUUUGAUUGCAACCAUCGGUUUCUUCUGCGCCAAUAAUAAACAAAAUCAGGAUCUUUUAUCCUCUGAACAGUGUUCCAUUAUCAUUAAGAAUUUAACAAAACUACCUGAACAUUUGAAUGUGGUGGUCUAUCCAUGUCUAGUAACUAUAACGUUCCAAAAUCAGGAAGCCCGUAAUGUGAUAUCACGUGAUUUUAAUCUAGAUUUCCUGGAUGAAUACAGUAAAUCGGAAAAAGCUAAAAAGAAUCAUCUGGUAGCUCUGCUCAAAGAUAAGACGUAAUUAAAUUGAUGUCAUCGUGUCCGUUUCUCUCUGUUACUGGUUGUCUUCU